AUGCCCCAAAAUAUAAGGAUUGCAGUAAUUUCCAAGACCGCAUUUAGUAUGUGGGAUGCCUAUAAUAUGCCUGAAAUCUAUCCAACCGAUGCUAGGACCAAAUCCUUUAACGGCCAAAACCUCCAACUCGAAGAGCCGUGGCGUUUUGAUUCAAAAAAAAAACACGACCCUUGUACAUUGUGUUCAAUCCAGGCUGUUCUACAAGGGCCUCACCCAUGGAAAAGAAAAUUUCGCCAUAAAAAUGGGAGCUCACAAUUAUCUCUUUACAUUAAAAUGAGGGAUGGGUACGGUACUAUGAUCUCGACAAAUCGUAGAAUAGGCUUUUGA